AUGCCUGAGCAGCCCAAGCCCAAAACAUUAUCGCGAACGCAUUCCCUAGACGUGCGAGAUGAUGCUCUUCGAAGACUGUCGCGUUCUCCACACCCGUACCAUCGCCAACAAUUCGAGUUACCAUAUGGUUCCGAAAAGUUCAGUACCAAUGCCCCUCCACUACGAUCGCAUUUGCGAUCGACGCAAAAUACGGACGAUGAAGAGCAGGAUACACCACGGCACAUGCCGGAAGACUUCAAAGACGCAUACAAAGGAUCAACGGGAAGUGACAGUGGUACCGAGGCAGACGAUGAGCACUUCUUGAAGGGAUUACCAGCUCCAAAGCUACGACCCCAUAAAGGAUUACGUGGAUUUGAAGCGAGUCUUUCUGGAACCCCCAGUCCAAUAUUGUCACCAGCUAUCCUCGAUGAAGAUUCUACAAGGUCUCAGGGCUAUUUGCGACAGAAGAAAGCCGUAGUGCCGGUUCUUCCAGAUGAAGAGACUCGCAAACUUGCAGACAAGGUUCGGCGGAAGCGAAAUGUGGAGGUCAUACGGAGAUGUAGUGAGACUUCGAUACUAUUCUUCCUAGCGGCCAUGUUGUGCUGUGAUCCAGAAAUCCGCAAGCUCCUGCAUUUCUGGAGAAGAGAACUGAGUUGCCAAGUCCUCACCAUAUCUUCCCUCGUCGUUAUCUAUCCUCUGCGACUACUACGAAAUAUCCGACCUUCAAUGUCGUUCAAAAGACCAUUUCCAAUUGCAAUACCUGCGGCCUUUGACCCCGCGCCCUUGCUCUACCCUCCCAGCAUCACAAUGCUGGUCUCCUUGGUACUCUCGAAAAACACCGCUUCCAACUUGCUUCCAAGUAUGAUCCUCGGAAUAUCCUCUCUUCCUAGGCAUUUGAUACCUUCAACUGGUGGCCUUUGGGGUUCAAACAUAUCGCAUUGGUUUCUUUCCUGCCUCCCAUUGCUGAUUCGGCAUACUGGCGAUGUUGAGAACCUGGUUGGGAAAGAUAGCGAAAAGUUCAGCUUACAGCCUGAAGUUCUGGUGCUAUUGUAUCCAUUGCAUCAGUCAUUGUGUGUGACGCUCUACUAUUUGACAACGACAAGUCUUCUUGAGGCCGAGUUACAGCUUCUUUCCGUGGCUUUGAUCGAUUUAUUGCUUCUAGCUUCCUCUCCCCAGGCCAUGAUCUUGAAAAUACUGCUCUGGGGAGGAGGUAUUGGGCUAUUGGUCACUUGUGGUCGUGUCCUGAAAUGGGGCGUGGCUUUAGCGAGAGUUCCAAAAUGGCGAUUCAAACGUUCACCAAAUCAGGGGCGUUACUUUCAUGAGAAAGGUGCCAAGUUUAUGCAGAAACCAUUCUCAUUUGGGGGGCUUGGUACCACCAUCUUUUCGAAAGACUCAGCGAUGACUGAUUCGAGUAAUGAUGACGAGGCUAUUGAAGUGAUACCGCUGUCUCCAACUCUGAAGCUCAAUACUUCAUCUCGGCUAUUUGAUGGAAGUGGCGAAAAUGGUUCAGUAUCGGCCAUUGAACCAAAGGGAGUCAAUUUCAUGAAUGGCUCGACGGCAGUAGAGGAAGAUGAGAACUCAGUGAUCAAGAGGAGGUACACACUUCCGUCCUUGUCCAAUCUCCCGCAAAAGCUGACCAAGCGGACUCCAUCUGGUCGUCGGAAAAGAGCAACAUCUUCUAGUGUGCAAGCUUUCUUUUCUCUCACUCAAACAGAAGCCACUAUACGGAAAUGGGUUUAUGCUGGCUAUGUAUAUAUCUGGGUGGCUCUUCUCAUUCUGGUCGGCAUCAGAGAGUAUGUUCAAAGAUACGCCUUGCAUGGAAUCGAACCUAUUGGAUGGGCUCUUGGAUAUCUCUUUGGCGACCUUCCAUGGUUCAGAAUGGAGGUUGUCAGUGGCAAUUAUCAAAGAUGGAUUUGUCUUCCAUCUCGCAAUGGACGCGAGCAUGAAGAGUCCUGCUAUCUAGGCUGGGCCCAGCACUUACGACAUGCUUCUUUCGGAGAAGCGAACACUCGACUCAUCCUAUCGGCUUACUGGUUAGCCAUCAUUAUUGUUGGUUUGGCAGUCGUCUUCCGUCUCUCUGGAGUGUAUGAAGUUGACACUCGCCGAAAAGUGUUUCACUUUAUGAUGGUUGCAAUGCUACUGCCAGCCACAUAUGUGGAUCCGACCUUUGCAGCGCUGGCACUGAUUUUGAUGCUUGCAAUCUUUUUACUGCUCGACCUCUUCCGAGCUUCCCAACUUCCUCCUCUUUCGAAAUCUCUCGCUUAUUUUUUGACGCCUUAUGUAGAUGGAAGGGAUUUGAAAGGGCCUGUAGUUAUAUCACAUAUCUUCCUCCUCAUCGGGUGCGCCAUACCUUUAUGGCUCUCUCUUGCAUCUCUACCUCGAAUCGGUACCGGCUGUCUCGAAGGAUGGGAGGUACCGACACGAGAAGUGAGCAUGGUCAGCGGCGUUAUCUGCGUUGGUAUGGGCGAUGCUGCGGCAUCGCUGAUCGGACGACGUUACGGCCGACACAAAUGGAUCUGGGGCGGAGGUAAAAGCAUUGAAGGCAGUGUAGCAUUUGCUACUGCCGUGGGAUUGGCGUUACUAUUUGCUAAAGCAUGGCUUAGAAUUGGUGGGUGGCCAGCUAAUAAUGAUGAUGUCUGGUUCAUGACUAUUGGGAAGGCCAGCAUCGCAGCUUGGGUGGCGAGCUUGACGGAGGCGGUUCUCACGGGUGGGAAUGAUAAUGUCGUCGUCCCGGUGGUGCUUUGGCUUUGUGUUAAAGGUUUAGAUAUUUAG